UACUAUAGUAAUAGAAUUAAACGGCCUAUUUUAUAUACUAUAGCAAGAGACUAUCUAGCUAUAUCAACAACCUCGGUUCCGUCGGAGUCAGAGUUUUCUAAAGCUAAUAAUAUAGUUACUCAGAAAAGAAAUAAGUUAUUACCUGAUACUAUUAAGAAACUAGCUAUCUUAAAAAGC